GUGUCGUCUUCGAGAAGCACAUAGUGAUACAAGAGCUGGGGAGGCGGCUCCGACGCGAACCUUACAGAGCACGGCGUCCACCUGCUAGCCAGCCUUGUCCCAGCGGCCGCCCAGGCUCGGAGCCAUCCAACGAGUCAGCGAGCGGCCUCAGGUGGACAGCUAUCUGGAGGGCCCGCCUUGGGCAAGGGACCUCCACUUCAAGCCGGGUCCCCAGUUCAAGGAAGGCGGUACAGCUGCCUUCUUACCCCUAGCUCAGGCCCACCAUGGGGAAGAACAACAGCAAGCUGGCCCCCGAGGUGCUGGAAGACCUGGUGCAGAACACAGAGUUCAGCGAGCAGGAGCUAAAGCAGUGGUAUAAGGGGUUUCUGAAGGACUGUCCCAGCGGCAUCCUCAACCUGGAGGAGUUUCAGCAACUCUACAUCAAGUUCUUCCCUUACGGAGACGCCUCCAAGUUUGCACAGCAUGCUUUCCGCACAUUCGACAAGAACGGCGACGGCACCAUCGACUUCCGGGAGUUCAUCUGCGCCCUUUCUGUCACCUCCCGUGGCAGCUUCGAGCAGAAACUCAACUGGGCCUUUGAGAUGUACGAUCUGGAUGGCGACGGGCGCAUCACGCGCUUGGAGAUGCUGGAGAUCAUCGAGGCUAUCUAUAAGAUGGUCGGCACCGUGAUCAUGAUGCGCAUGAACCAGGAUGGGCUCACACCCCAGCAGCGCGUGGACAAGAUCUUCAAGAAGAUGGACCAGGAUAAGGAUGACCAGAUUACUCUGGAGGAGUUCAAGGAGGCAGCCAAGAGCGACCCAUCCAUUGUGUUGCUGUUGCAGUGUGACAUGCAGAAGUAGACUGGUGAGGGGCGGGGUCCCUGGCCAGGACAGGCAUGGCACCACCCAACCUGAUGUCCUCUCUGCUGGCCCAUUCCCAGGGGGAGGGGCCUUCCAGCCUCACUCUCUAGGUCACCCACUCCUCUGCCCAAGCCUUUCUCUCCUCAGUCAAGUUCCAUGAGGGACCACCUCAUCCUGCAAAAGAGACGGGUCCUCUCAAGUAGCCUGUCCUCAGAUAGUCUGUCACUAGCUCCACCUCUAGCCUUGGCCUAGGACCAACAUCCUUUGGGCUUAGGGGAGUUGGCUUUUGACCCAAGAGGCGAGGUUAAGGAGGGGGCUGAGGGCAAUCCUGUUGUUCCCAGGAUUCUGCUCUAAAUAAGCAGUGUGGUCCCACAGGCCCCCAGUCAAGGGACCAAACUAGCUCUAUCCUUUGCAGAUUCCUUGAGAGGUGGUCUCUGCCCUGCCCCCCUUGACUCCACCUGGCUCCUCUGGCCCCACCCUUGGGAACGUUCAUUGAGUCCUUUUCUUCAGCUAAUGCUUGUUGAGUCCUUGUUCAAUGCCAGGCACCUGAAGGUGCUAGGAAUACGGUUGUUUACAAAAACACAUCCCAUGCCCUCUGAAAGCUCACAGGGUAGUGAGACAACUUCCAAGGGCUGAGGUCUUAGUGGGACACAGCGGAGAUGAGGGUGUAAGGCAGCUGGCAAGUUGUUGGAACAAGCGUGCCCUCCAGCUGCGCCACCCAGGGCUGCAGAAAGACCAGAUGAAAAGCCUAUGGGAGUUUAGGUGCCACAUGGGUAGAAAUUUUAAGAAAAAUGAAAAUUUAUGUAAUAUUUAUUUUUUUAGGGCCCUUUCAAAGAGCUAAAAUCAUUUUACUAGACUAUUAAGAUAUACUCUAUAUUACUUGGUUUCUUAUAAAAAAUGACUUAAAUGGAUAUAAAAAUGCUAAUUUUCAAGGGGGGAAGUGUUUAGGCAAAAGGGGUGGAGGCACCAGCAGACUUUGAGAACCUGCGCUCACCCAUCAGCAGUCCCUGCUGCUUCUGCUACUUCCUUUUCUCGCCCCUUUUCAAUCCCACAAGUGACUUUCUGUCGCACGGUUUGGGUGCUGGCGUCAGAGGUGGAGAAAAGGUUUGCCUUGAGCCCGAGCAGUUCAUGUCCCACAUCUCAGCGGCUUGUUUCUGAGUUUGGCUGGUUUCAGGGACUGGCUUGUUCCUUCACAGCCUCAGCUAGAAGGAGCUGGAGGAAAAGGAUCAUCCGGCCACUGUUCGGCCUUCUGGGUGGCAUGUAUGGACCAAAUGCCUAAAAAAUAUGCUGGGCGUACUCCAUGAGAAAGGCUUUUUCUGACUCCUCCACCCUAGAUCUGCCAGGAGAACAAAUCUGUCACCUUCCAGGCUCAACAGCUAGGCUUUCUGAACUUUGGGGUCUAGGAGCUAACUAUUGUGUUGCAUGCUUUCCAGAGAAACCUAUCGUGCUUCUUCCAGUCCUUCACGUUCAUCUCGCCUGUGCUUGUGAUCAGGCAGGAGUUAGCUUUGACGUGCAGUGACAGUUGACUUCCUCCUGAACUGCUAGGAAAACUGCCUCAUGUUCUCAGUCAGGGUGGGAGUAGAGAAAGCCUGUGAAGCCGGGGCGUGCUGUGGUGGAGAUUGCCCUGCAGGAAGGAUGCUGUUUGCCUCUCUCUCUCUCUCUCUCUCUCUCUCUCUCUCUCUCUCUCUCUCUCUCUCUCUCUCUCUCUCCUGAGUGCUCACCUCCCUGCUGCUAGAAACUUUUGGAGAUGCUGACCCGUGGUCCAAAACUCUGUCAGACCUUCCUUCCUUAUGGUAUUUGGAGGUAGCAAGCCACCUUCUUCCUGUCCUACCUAUCCAGGCCACGUGGUGAGGCUGAGGAAUUCAUAGCCUCAAAUGAUGCUAGCAGGUGUUUAUCUGGUGACGCUUCUUGGGGCUGUUCUAUAGCGCUCAUGAGCUGCCUGUUAAGUACGUCUUGUGCUGUCGUCAGCACCGCUCAACAGCCUGGCUCAGCUGGGACCUGAAUUUCCUAGUGACAAGCUUUUCCUUCCCCCCAAAUGUCUCACGGCAACCAGAAUUCCUCGGCUUUCAGAGGCUCGUAUCUAUUUGCUUCUCAUUUUGUCCAGAGAGAUGGCUUGGAAGCUAAGACUAAGGGUUGAAGGUGGGGAGGCCUCUUGUGUGAGAGCAAGUAGUCAGGAGAUGACACAAUGCCGAGACUCGAACACUAGGUUCUCUAAGAGACUUUUCUCUGCCCUGUUCAUUUUUGCAUCUGUUUGUUCAGAUGUUCACUGCAGGACAAAUUGACUUUUGUCUUUCCGAAGCUUCCUGCCAAGAAGUUUCUGAGGCUAUAGUCUUCCAAAAAAAGACGAGGAACUUGAAGUCUCUCCAUUUUCAAGCAUCUUCUUUUCUGCUUCCGGGUGGCUUUGCAUAGACCAAUGCCAUUCUUGGAGGCUGCUAACCAAAUUCCAGAAGCAUCUUACAUUGUCUUCCCCACUCUCUUCCUCCCUGAGAGAAUCGCUUUUGUUUUUCCAAGCUAGUAGGCAAGUUCUUCCCAUGUGACUGAUCACUCCAGGCUUCAGGCUGCCUAUUCAUGGGCAGUACUUGUUACUGCCAAGGGUCUCUGCCUUCCUGCUGAUGGGAGGAGCCACAGGCAGGUUAGACCUUGCUCCCACACUCUCUUGGGUGUCUACAGCACUGCGUGCCCAGGAGACCAUAUGGUAGAGCACCCGUCCCUGUCUUGAGAAGAGCGAUAGGUCCCCCGUCUCUGCUCCAGCUUAAGAAGAAGCACUUAGCACGAAGCACAAGGUUAGCAGAGAUCUAUGCAUGACUUGCACAGACAUGAAAACACACAGGCAGUCAAAGCAUUGAUAGACCCAAGUUCUCCUUUGAGGUUCUGUAUCCUCUUCCGGGGAUUCUGUGAAUCGCGUUGGUUCCAGAUUCAGCCUCCUCAUACCUGCUAUCCUCAUUCAUCCUCUCUGGCUAAGCGAUGAGUCCCUUAUUUCUCAUCUCUAAGACUCAUCCGCGUAGGCUGCUUAGCUCAGGUGCCACUCCAACCCGGGCAGCUGCAUAAUUCCUGACUUCCGUUUAAGAAGAUGAAAACAAAAACAAGCCUGUUAGCAAAGGCACUAAUUCUUCUCUGCCCUGGCAAUGGUGGAAGCUCAGCAGCAGAAAUUCAUUUCACAUGGGAGGUCGUGGGAGCAAGGAAAGAGAGGAAAGAGAGCCGGUCCUCCCAGGCAGGGCAGGAGUAAGCUAACACUGUUGAUAUUUUUACACAAAAACUUAGGAAAGCAAAAGUCAUUUCCUGAGGAUCCACCCAGGAUCUUUGAGGAAAGAUCAGUGAGGCUUUGUGUUGACUUUGGAAAUCACCGUAGGGUUACAAAUACAUUUCUUACAUAGCUCCUUCAUUGUUCUUAGAGAAAGAAAUAAUUCAUGUGCUCAAUUUGAAAGUCUUAGAGAGACAUGGGCUUUUUUUUCUAGACUUUCCAUGGUUUUCUCUUCUUAGCUUUGUCAGAGUGUGGGGUCAGGGCAAGGCCUCCCAGGAUGCGUGAGUCUCCCUGCUUAGUGGAGGCUGACCAGGUCCAGGGCCUUCCAGUAACAGCAGGGAGGAAGCAGACCCCCGCUAACCUCCAGAUGUGCCGCUUCUAGCUGCGCCCACAGCAACCAUCUUCACUGACUAAUCCUGUGCGUGUGGUGUGUGUUUUCCCCACUGACAAUGAAUAAAAGGCGUGACU